AUGUCAUCCUCACGCGAGCGCCGCAUCAUCAAGGAGCUGGCCGACAUGGAGGCCGACAAGGACAACUCGGGCGUCUUCGCGCAGCCCGUCUCGGAAGCGAGCCUGCUCCAUCUCAAGGGCACGAUGCCGGGCCCCCCCGACUCGCCCUAUGCCGGCGGCCGCUUCGUCGUCGACAUUGUCAUUCCCGACAUGUACCCCUUCAAGUCCCCGAUCAUGAAGUUCGACACGAAGAUCUGGCAUCCCAACAUCAGCUCCCAAACCGGCGCCAUCUGCCUCGACACGCUCGGCACAGGCUGGUCGCCCGUGCAGACGAUCAAGACAGCCCUCCUCUCGCUGCGCAUGCUCCUCGAGUUCCCGAACCCCAAGGACCCGCAGGACGCCGAGGUCGCCAAGAUGAUGCUCGAGCGGCCCGAGGCCUUCGCCCUGCGCGCCCACGAGUGGGCCGUCGCCCACGCCGGCGCGCCCGCGAACCCCAAGCUCGACAUGUCGCGCUACACGGCCGAGGCCGGCGCCGACAAGGCCGCCCUCGACGAGACGCGCUACGACGGCUACAACCGCAACCUCGUCGAGCGGUUCGUCGGCAUGGGCUUCCAGGUCGACGCCGUCGUCGACGCGUUCAAGUACGUCGGCAUUGACCGGAAUGAUGGGCGCGACUAUGAGCUCGAAGAGGCGUACAUGGGGGACAUUACGGCUCGGUUGCUCGGCGAGCAGUGA